AUGCAGUUCCUUGCUGUGUUCCUUCAUCUCCUUUUAAUCACUUCGCAUGAAGGCAGAUUCCUUAUGCCCCCACAGUGUGGAAGCAGCACCACCAUGAAGCUGCCUGUAUCAUUUCCUCCGUGUGAGAAACUGAGCGAAGGGGAAUCUGACUCUGCCCUAUCAUUGGACUCCAGCGUGUUUUGCAGCGAUUGCUCCCCUCGAGCCCCACGGGAUCAUCUCACCAUCAAUGUGGGGGGCAGCCGCUUCAUAUUGUCCCAACAAACAUUAUCCAGUCAUCCGCACACCCGCUUGGGUAGGCUAGCAACCUCCGGAGGGGAUGAGGUGUAUGAUUUAUGUGAUGAUGCCAACUUGUUGGACAAUGAGUAUUUCUUUGACCGCAGCUCAGAGAUGUUUGAAUAUAUCAUGAAUUACUAUAAGACCGGACGGCUACAUAUUAUGGACCAGCUGUGUGCACUUUCCUUUCUACAGGAGAUUGAAUAUUGGGGUAUUGACGAGCUGAGUAUUGAUCUUUGCUGCAGAGACAGAUACUUUAGAAAGAAGCUUAGAACGGAAGCCCUUGAUAUCAGGAAAGAUGAAGAUGACUUGGAGGCUGAAGAAGAAGACUUUUCUGGUGUUGUCUUCGAAGACGUCAGACAGAAACUAUGGGAUAUCCUAGAAAAGCCUGGAUCAUCAAUGGCUGCCAGGACAUUUGGCACUCUAUCCAUGUCGUUUGUGGUAGUGUCCAUAGCUAACAUGGCACUAAUCUCAUCAGAGGUCAGCGCCCUAGACAAUUCCCUUUUGAACGCUUUAGAAUAUAUCUGCAUUGCCUGGUUCACGGUGGAGCUGUCCCUAAGGUUUUUUUGUGUUAAACAUAAGUGCCGUUUCAUAAGGAGGGUUACUAAUAUCAUCGACAUCAUUGCUGUCGUCCCUUUUUAUAUUACACUCAUAGUGGAGAUGUUUUAUGGGGAAAGUACUGACCUGGAGAAUGUGGGAAGGAUAGUUCAAAUUCUUAGACUUUUGAGAUCUUUGAGAAUGCUCAAGCUGGGGAGGCAUUCAACAGGUUUAAAGUCUUUGGGGAUGACUAUUGCUCAGUGCUAUGAAGAAGUUGGAUUGUUGCUUCUAUUUCUCUCAGUUGGGAUUUCUAUAUUCUCAGCUCUAGAAUAUGCUGUUGAGCACAAUGCCCCUGACACAACAUUUACAAGUGUACCAUGUGCCUGGUGGUGGGCUACAACCUCUAUGACGACAGUCGGAUAUGGCGAUAUUAGACCUGAUACCACAUCUGGGAAAAUUGUGGCCUUUUUAUGCAUUUUGUCUGGAAUAUUAGUCUUGGCCCUGCCUAUUGCCAUCAUUAAUGAUCGUUUUGCAGCUUGCUAUUUUACAUUGAAAAUGAAGGAAGCGGCUUUACGUCAGCGGGAAGCUUUGAAAAAACUCAUGAAAAAUACAACAGAGUGCGAAGUCAAUAUUAACUUAAGAGACAUCUAUGCUAAAAGUAUCAUGGAAAUGUUACGACUAAAAAGCAGAGAGAGAGCAAGUACAAGAAGCAGUGGUGGAGAUGAUUUUUGGUGA